GCGUUAACGCACAUCGAUGCAUCCCGCCCGUGUCUGCAUCCUCACAGAGCCGCAGAGGACAAACAGAGGCCUGAUGGUUAAACUCCUCAAUCUGACUUCUGUCGUCUCAUCCUGACAGUCAUCCUCGGCAGAAAAGAUCGCAUCAGAGGGAAGAAGCUCGUGGAUUGUUUUGCAGCCACGUUAUUUCUGUUUAGUUCAUCAAAACCAAACUGCAACCAUUUCACCUCCGCCCGUCAUGUACAGCUCCAGCUACUCCCGGGCCAAGUUGGGCCUGGAGUCGAGGGAGAAGCUGCACAAGUCAAAGGGGAAGAGCUGCGGCUAUUACAUGAAGAUCUUUUUAUUCUUUUCAUCCCUCAUCCAGUCGCUCAUCAUCGUCAGCCUGGUGCUCUUCCUCAUCUAUGGCCAGCCGGAGAAGACUGCGGAGGAGCAAAGGGUCAAGGAGCUUGAGCUCGGCUUGCAAAAGCUGAGUAACCACAGCGUGGACCUGAAAAAGGAGAAGGGCGAGCUCAAAGCUCAGCUGGCAGCUCGGACGGCAGAAAAAACGGCUCUGGAGAAAGCGAUGCUGAAGCUGAAAACUGAUGCCAACAACACAGAAAUGGAGCUGAGGAGAAAAAUAGCUUCCAGUGAAAAAGCACAUGCUUCGGCAAUUAGCGUGAUGUCACGACGCCCCUCCCCUCCAAUCCAGCCCUCCAUUGUCACAUCUAACAGUGAAUUAAAGGCUUUGCAGAGUCUCAACAAUCAGCAGAAAGCUUUCAUCGAUCUCCUUCAUUCAAACUUCACUCAGACGGUCCACUACCUGAGCCAUGAGAGAGACACCGCCCUGAAAGACCGAGACGUUUACCUGGGGGAGGCCAUCAAGCUGCGCAAAGAGAGCAGCCUCCUGAAGGAGCAGCUCACCACCUACACCAGGAAGUGCAAAGAUGACUUUGCUAACUCUCUGAACGGGAUCCAGACGGUGACAGAAAAGUUCCUGAACAAGAUCAACAACGUGUUCCCUCACCACCUGACCUUUCACCUCACCUGUGGCAGCCAGGAAGUGCAGCUGGAGAAGAUAAAAAGCAGCUGCACAAACCUCUCCAGAGACAUAGAGAACAAGUUCCAGCUGUAUCUGGACAACGUGGGCAACAAGGUAUCUGAGAUCCAGUCCCUGUCCAGUCAUCUGGAGGUGCAGACCAAACAUUUGGCCUCCGACCUGCAGCAGUGUGAACACAAACACAGUGAGGCGGUUGCCAAGGCUGCCGUGGACUUGGAGCUCAAACAAAAAGCUCACGAUGACCAAGUGGAGAAAUUGCUGAUUGAGCAGAACCGACUGAGAGAGCAGAGGAAACUUCAGGAUGACAAACUCGCCCUUAAGGACAAAGAGCUUCAGACGCUGCAGGGAAUGCUGCCCAACACUAAGGCUGGCCCUUCAAGUGCCGGUUCCCAGCAGACGGCGCCGCAGCAGGUCCGGCAGCCUGCAGCUAACUGGUCCUUGGGUAGCACAACUGGCAUCAACAAAACUCCAACAGUGGGAUGAAUCCAACUCAUCCCCUCCUGUAAUUGUGGA